UUGGUUGGGUUUUAGGUACGUCGUUACGUAAUUACGUCAGCAUCAACCAGAAAGCUGAUACGACUUGUUAUCUGAACGCUAGCUGGUAUCAUCUAGCACCUUUGUGCCUUCUCCGUACACGCGUACAAGUGUUGGACUCCAGCACGUAUUGUGCCAGGCGUACACGAGGCUCGUGCAGCAACGGUUUCGGUGUUGGAAGUGUGAGGAAUGGAGCCUCCUAGUGUGGACGAAAUUAUGGAGAUGAACAUGAAGCGAUUAUUGGAGUGGUGCGAGAAGCUGAAGGUACCCAACCUCAACAGCAUAGAGACAGCGAAUGAACUUCGUCAGGAAUUGUUCAAGUGUGUGAAGGCUCGCAACAAACUUAAACCAGCGCCUCCACCGUUCUCUGUGGCUUCUAGUGUGUUUCAAGACUUCGGUAGGAAGCAACGAGAAUUCGCGUGCGCUGUAGACAAAGUAGAGAAGUUGAUUACAGACGAAGCGGUGCUGCUGUGGCUGAAAAAGCUACAUCUUCCCGAACAAAGCGUGUGGAUGACAGCUGACGAUCUGAAACAAGUCAGAGAGUCGUGUACUCGUGGUCGGCCUAUUCUCUUGAUCGCAGGAAGUACAUCAUCAGGCAAGAGCACACUGUUAAAUGCAUUGUUGGGUGAGGAGUUGCUACCAACAUCUCAUAAUGCUGCAACUUCUGUGCUUUGUGAAAUCAAGUAUUCAGGCAGCUCUGACAAGCGGUAUGCUGUCAUUCAUUUUGACAACGGAAAGGAAGAGCGGAUGGAUUUAACAAAUAGUGAAGAAGUGAUGAGGCUAGCAGGUUUUGUCAAUCAGUCAAGGGAGGAAAAAUUUGGAUCUAUUGUUGGCUUGUCUUUCAAUAAAUUUGAAAAAUUGGUCCAAAGACAAAGAAAAUGUGUUCGAGUUGAAUUAUACUGGCCACUGGAAUUUCUCAAGGACUUCAUCCUAGUUGAUAGUCCUGGUGUUACUGAAUCAGAAGGUGAUUCAGUUUCUCGUCAGAUUACUGAACGAUUUCAAGAAGACAUUGCUUGUGGAUGCAUCUAUGUUUUGGAUGGAAUGAGAUCAGCUGAAGAAGCAGCGCAGGCUGGUGGACUUUUGUCAGCGGUUGCCAAAGGCACGCAUAAAGAUCCAUGUCCCGACUCUGCUUUGUUUGUUGUCAACAAAUGGGACAUUGUGUCCCAACAACAGUCUGAAGAGCAACGUCAGGAAAUCUUGCAUAAGAUUGCUAGCAACAUCUCUUUUCGUUGGAAAGGAUUUAGACCGCAUCAGAUCGUUACAAUGAACUCAAAGUUAGCUGCUCAGGCACAACAGUUGGGUUCAUCGACAAAGGAUGUGCAUCGACUGUGUCAAGGAAUCGCUAGAAUCCUUCCUCGAGGAAUGGACAACAUGUUAAAGAAAGCUAUAGAGCGUCCUCAUGAGCUAAUGGAUCAAAUUGAGCAGUCUGUUGAAAACACACUUCGUGAGCUGCAAUUGCCACUGGAAGAAAGAAAGCAGAAACGAAUGGAAGACAUGGAUCAACUGAAAAUGUUUAAGGAGUCUCUAAAGAGUGGGAAUAUUGCUAAAGCAAAGCAGAAGAUUGGUCAACAGAUCGACAAGAUGGUUCAUGAGCUGUCUGAUUACCUGAUGUCUGCCAAGGGAUUUCAAGAUGCAAUGAAGUGGAAGAAGAAGGACUUGGAUGAAGCAGAACAAGAAGCAUUCUCUGACAGGAAUGUUGAAGAUUUGGUUACUACUAGAUUUAUCAAGGCUGUCUGUAGAUCUGAACCAUUUCAGGGAUUUUUGAAAUGGGCAGAUGAAGAAGCUAAGAAUGAUGCAAUUGUGAUUUCUCGAGAAUUCAAUUUACUUAAAGCGGACAUUGCCAUCUCAGAUCCAUCAUCACCUGAAUCCACUGAUAAGUUUGAAGAAACUGAAGAAAUUUCAUGGGAUGCAAAAAAGAUGGCAGCUGCUGUGGCUGUUGCUAUUCCUGUUCUGUUAGUUGGUGUCCCACUAGCUUUAGCUGUUGCAGUAGUUGGUGGCCCAGUCUAUGGCAUUACAGAACUGGUGAGGGCUGCACGCAAUAAGAGCUUCAAGAACUCUGUUGAAAAUGCAUACAAGGGUAUGAUUCAAAAAGUGUGUUCAAGAGAAGGAGUCCUAUUGCGUCAAACUGUCCUAAAUCUGCUACAAACCCAUUGUUUGCCUGUUGAAGUAAUAUUCAAAGACAUUCCAGCUCGAAUACAUGAUCUAGAGCAAGAACUAACAGCUAGAGCUAAGCAAGAUGCCAAAGAUGUCCCUUCAUAUCAAGAAGUUUUAGAGCAAUGUCAGGAGGUGAAAGGGGUAAUGUCACGUUUUAUUCUCAACUUGAAUAUGCAUAACUACAGUGGUAGUGAUAUUGAUUGGCCAAGUCCAAAGAAGCCAAUAGCCAAGGGGAGUUUUGGAGACGUUUACAAGGUAACCGUUCAGGGAGUAGGUGUGGCAGCUCUCAAACUUAUGCAGGACUCUAUCACCAAGGAGAAUGCUGAUGAAUUUUUGAAGGAAUUCAACAAUUCCAAGCACUUUAUACAUCCGAAUUUGGUAAAAUUUUACGGCUCGGUGGUUGUCUCACACAAGCCGUUGUACCUUGGUCUUCUGUUUGAGUGGUGUGAUGGGGGCACUCUUGAAGAUGUGAUUUUUAGCUCCAAACGAAUUCCACCAACAAAGCAAAAAGGCUUCAUUCAUGUACAGCAGUUGGGAUUGGAAAUUCUUGAUGGACUGAAGUUCCUUCACAGUAAAGGCAUCAUGCAUCGAGAUCUGAAACCAGAAAAUAUUAUGCUUACAAACAACAAGAACGUUAGACUUGGUGAUAUGGGCUUGGUUAAGCCAAUCUUCUUGGUGACAGGGACACUGUGUGGCACUAUGGCGUACAUGGCUCCCGAAGUAAUUCGGCAGCAACCGUAUAAUACAUCUGCUGAUAUGUACAGUAUUGGUGUCAUUCUGUGGGAGAUGUGGACUGGAAAGCGUGUGUAUCAUGAUAUGGACUGUCCAAAGGCACUAGAAAUGCUGCACGUCAAUGUCAUGAAAGGAAGAGCUAAACCUGGCAAAUUUUUAGAUGCUGACAGACUUUCAGAUGAGAUACCAGCAUCGGUUAUUGGUGCAUGGGAGAGCCUCGUUGAGCAAUGUUGGUCAAUUGUACCUAGAAUGAGACCUACAGCAGAAGCAGCUUACAAGACAGUGAAGGAAAUGAAAAUUUUGUAAGACUAACUGGCCAGUGAACUCUGUAAAUACUGUCGUGCUUCCAUUUCAGUAAUGAUAUCUGUAGUCCUGAUGUGGUAAAUAUGUACUUUUGUAGUAUGAGUCCAUGUAGUCACAUGAUCA